AUGUACGGCAGCGGCAUCUACCCAGCGGUGCCGCCGAAUCCGGCAACACCGACUCAUGCAGCUUCAUCUACACCAGUAUUUUCUGGGCAGGCAGGGCUUUCGCGGCCGGUGGUCGUGCAUGCGGCCACCACGAUGCCAGCCACCAUGCCAGCCACAGCACCAGGUCAAGCAGCGCAGGCACACUGGCCACCCGACAGACGAGUGACUGUCGUCACUCAGCAGCCGGUGGCAGUCUUGCGGAGCACCCUCAGUGCUUCCACAGGCGAUGCAGACUCCUCCGAGGGGGGCCACGUCUGGUUUUGCGUAAUGACAUUUGGCAAGGCUACGCAGACUGUCACGGAGAAGCAUGUGGACAGCAAAGUUGUCCUGGGCGCCGCUGUGGCUGCACGCGCGGCUGCACGGACAGCAGAUCGCUCGGGUGCAACAGGCUGCUGCGAUGUCUGUUGCGCCGAUGAUCCGACUUCGCGGCGGAGGCAAGUGGCCCGGGUCCGGCAGCAAGAUCGCCUACCUCGGCCGAUGGCCCUGGAGGCUCAGCAGGAGGAGGCGGCAGAGGCAGAGGGUUCGGCCGCCCCAAGCCCGCCGACCGUCGGUGAGGAGGAGGUGGAGAUCUGCUUCUUCCUGCACAAAGCAGUGGGUCUGCCCCAGGCCGACUUCAUGGGAACGGCGGACCCCUAUGUGGAGAUUCGUCUCAUGCCCUGCGACCCAUUGGCUCAGGGAGUCCUCUCCAAGAAGGAGGUGAAAAGCGCCUCCGGCAAGAUCUUCGACCGAACUUUGUGGAAGACCACUUCCAGAAUCGUCCGGGGGUCUCUGACCCCUCAGUGGGACGAAGCAUACUACUUCUCUUUAAAGGCCAGAGCUGACGUAAGUGAGCUCUUCAUCUACAUCCGUGUCCUGGAUUAUGACGUUGUGGUCAGUGACGACUUUUUAGGGCACUGCUCCUUCCGGCUUCUGGAUGCGCUCUCACCACAGAACGACGUCAGCGCCGGCUGGCGGGCCUUGCUGCAGAGCAGCCGCAGUGCACUGGAGCGCCUCGCCGUGCUCCGAGACCCGCACCUGACCGAGGCAUCCGGGAAGCCACAGCCAUUCAAGCUGGUGGCACCUUUGGGCCAAGAGAAGACCUACGACCUCAGCGCGGCUGAAAUCUUCCUUCAGCUGUCCAUCAUGGCUCGGAGCUCACGGCCCCUCUUCCAGAAGGCCUCCAGCGGGUCCCCCCCACAAGGGGGGCCCGGGGAGGACGCGGAGGCCGCGCAGCGCCUGGCGGAGGCGGUGGCCAACGGCGACCUAUGGGAGGCGAGUGCCCUCCUCGAGACGGGCCGUACCUCCGUGAAUUGUCGAGCUAUCGAGGGCGACUUUGAAGGCCAUACGCCGUUGCACAUCGCCUGCCUGACAAAGCAUGCAGAUGCAGCGAUGGCCCUAGUCGACGUCUUUGAAGCGUCCCUGGUGCUCCAGGCUCCUGGCGGCCGCAGUGCAGCAAUGUGCGCUUGCGAGGCUGGCGCAGAGGCGCUGGCAGAGUGGCUCAUUGCAGAGGGCCUGCCCGCAGACCUCCAGGACGCCGAGGGCUGCAAUGUGCUCUUCUACGCAGUCAGGGCAGCGCUGCCCCAGCUGACGGCGUUCCUGCUAGGCAAGCAGAACCUAGACCCACAGUCGCGGGCCUUUGACGGAUCUACACCGCUGCUCUUCGCGGUGUCUGGCACACGGGGAGCCUCCGUCGUGGUUGCCAGGCAGCUGCUGGAAGCCGCGGCGGCCCCGAAUGCGACUGCCGGGCCUGGCCGGUGGCCGUUGCACGAGGCCUGCCGCGCCGGAAAUGACAAGUGCGUUCGGUUGCUUCUGACUCACUCUUCCGCAACGGCGGUGAAAGCCCUGGACUUCGAAGGGAAGACUCCGCACAUGAUCGCCAAGGAGGCGGCUUUGCCGGAGGCGACCCUCAUGCUCUUGGCUGCUGGCGAGCAGGCCUCUGCCAGCCCAGCAAGAACUGGGGAGCAGCAGCUCGGCGAGACGCUGGCAGAGGCCGAGAAGCGCGAGCUUCGAGCGAGGAAGGGAGCCGUCAGCGCCGAGGCGGACAGCAGCUGGCAGGCCUGGCGCUCACUUCACCCUCGCAUGGAUGCUUCUUUAGAGGGCAACAAGGACGUGGAGGUGGAAGCUCUUCGCGUCGAGGACCUCGACGACCCCUUCUACACCUUCUCGCUUCCGUCGCAGCCAGAGGAGCCUUUCCGGCCGAAGCCCGACAAGCGCUGGAAGGCUCCCGAAAGAGGAGGAGAACUGUGA